AUGGGGCAGGGCUCGGCGCGGCUCAACCAGUCCGGCGUUUCGCGGGCGGCCGGCGGCGCCUGCGCGGCGGACGGGCAGCGCGCGGGGCCCUUCUCCGGCGCCGCCGCGGCGCUGCUGGCGGCGCUCGUGGGGCUGCUGGUGCUGGUCACGGUGCUGGGCAACGCCCUGGUCAUCCUGACGUUCGUGGUGGACCGGCGCCUCCGCACCCAGGGAGACUUCUUCCUCAACUUGGCCGUCGCCGACCUCCUGGUGGGCGGCUUCUGCAUCCCGCUCUACAUCCCCUACAUGCUCACGGGCGAGUGGAGGCUCGGCCGGGGCUUGUGCAAGCUGUGGCUGGUGGUGGACUACCUGGUGUGCACCGCCUCCGUCUUCAACAUCGUCCUUAUCAGCUUCGACAGGUUCAUCUCUGUCACCAAGGCGGUGAGUUACAGAGCACAGAAAGGGAAGACCAGAAAUGCAAUACUGAAGAUGAUCACUGUAUGGAUUGCUGCUUUUCUUCUCUACGGUCCAGCCAUUCUCAGCUGGGAGUACGUAGCCCAGAAGAGCAUCCUUCCAGAAGGAGAAUGUCAUGCAGAGUUCUUCUACAACUGGUAUUUCCUAAUGAUUGCUUCUACCAUUGAAUUCUUUACACCUUUCAUCACUGUUACAUACUUCAACUUAAGCAUUUACCUCAAUAUUAGGAAACGCAUAUCCCUUAGAAAUGAAAACUUAUCUCCUGGCCAAGAGGACUGUGAGAUGAGUUUCCGAGGGAAAAAAAGGGAACACACCAUAUUUUUGGUAAAACCUGCUAACAGACAGAAACACAAGAAGAAGAAAGGAAGCAGCCUUUCUCCCCUGCAGAAGGCUUCAAGGCUCAGCCUGUGUAAAUUUGACAGUCAGUCAUUAAAUGUGAAUGUCAAUCAAGACCUUACACCACUUCAGGUGGACGUAGAGACUAAGUCUCAUAGGAACAGUUUCUGUAAAACUACAAAAGACACAGGCAGCGCCACCACGAGAGCAGACGCUGCUAUGACAAACAGAUUUAGACUUACUCGAGAUAAAAGAGUAGCUAAGUCUUUAGCAAUUAUUGUAAGUGUGUUUGGUUUGUGUUGGGCACCUUAUACACUUUUAAUGAUCAUCAGAGCAGCUUGACAUGGGCACUGUGUGUUACAUUCACUUUAUGAGACUUCGUUUUGGCUUCUGUGGGUGAAUUCAGCCAUUAAUCCCAUUCUGUACCCACUAUGCCACAUGAGCUUCAGGAAAGCCUUUAUCAAACUCCUGUGCCCAGGAAAAGUUAAAGUUCAUCCUCAUAUUUUUAUGUAAAAAAAAAAAAAAAGAAAAACCUGUGAAAUUUGUCAGUAAGCACAUCUUGCUUUCAGUGGGAACACAAACUGGCCAAUACUCAUGUAAAUAGUAAAUGCACUGUGCACUGAAUAUUUAAGGGAACACUGAUGAGUAAAUAUUCAGGAACUUAUAGAAUACAGCCAUCUGCAUAGCUGAAGAAAUAGCAAUCAGUGACAACAAAGGUAAUUUCUCAAAGCUCUUCAAGGAUUUGCCUACAGUGUACUUUCUGGUGAUGAUGCACUAGCACUGAAGAGACAAAAAGGGAAUACAAAUUUGAUAUCCAACAACUGGGGAGUGUCUCAUUAUUAAUGUUCAAGUAAAACUGGUAAGAAAUUUGUUAGUUUGGAUUUGUUAUAUUUUGCCCCCAGCCACUCUGUAAGGACUUCAGGGUCUUAGCUGCUAGGUGUAUGCAUUUUGGGGAGGAAAUCCCCAGUCCCUAACCAACUAAUGGUACCAAGGAAAAGCUUGGAACAAGAGGUACCAGAACAGUCAGGUUACCAGAAAAGCUGAACAACUAUACCAAUAAAGGAACACUGACUUGGGUGGAAAAGGUGAUUCGUUUCCACCUUCAUUAGCAUCUUCUACAG